GCUUUGGACCGCAGGCGGCGCGGCUUUCCUUUCCAUGAUCCAUCGAUUGAAUCCUCAUUCCUCUGCUGUUCUUCACGCUGUCGCUGUCACUGCUGCCCCACGGGGUCCCCCUAAACUGCAGCGGCCCGCCAGGCCAAUCCAUCCGUCCUUGCUGCUUUGCACAACGUCACUGCAUCUCUCCUCCGGUCAGGAACUCCCGACGCUGCCGUUCCAGGCUCACGGCCGGCUUCACUUCUCGCCCUACUAG